ACCCCUAUCACAGGCGCGUGAGGGCUGGACAGACCAUGGUUGGGGUGAACAGGGAGACACUCUGGACAUGGCUGGGAGAGCAGGACAGGGGGAGGAGGACAAGGAAAAGGAGGCAAGGAGGAAAAAGACCGGAAGACGCUGAGGGAGGGGAGGAGGACCGGAAGGAAGGAGGAGGAAAGGAAAGAGAAGGAGGAGGAAAUGAAGAAGAAGAGGAGGAGGCGCGUCGAGGGGAAGACGAGGAGGACGAAGAGGAGAAGAAGGAAGAAGAGAGGAAGAUGAGGGAGAGCUUCCUUGGGAGGGUGACUCAUCUCCACCUGCAGAACAAAGGCAUUACUCACCUGGAGGACGUCGGGGCGUGUGGGGGGGCGCUCGUGGCCUAUCUGCAGCACAACCACCUGACGCGCCUCGCCAACCUAAGGCCGCUGCGACACCUGCAGGAACUCUACCUCCAGGACAACGAGAUCACCAGGCUGGAGGGUCUUCGGGAGAUGUGUAGCCUGCGCCGCCUGCUGGUCUCCGGGAACCGCGUCGGGGUGGUGGAGGGGCUGCCGCGCGGCCUAACGGAGCUUCACGUCCAGGACCAGCGCCUGCCCCCCGGAGACGCGCUCAUCCUUGACCCCCACGCCCUCGCCGCCGUGCAGGACACACUGAGAGUCCUGGACGUGAGUGGCAACCGACUGACUGAGAUAGGCGCCGUGGGUCUGCUGGGCCGUCUACAGGUGCUCCAGGCCGCCCACAACGACCUGUGCUCCUUGCCCCACCUAUGCACCGUGCUGGGCCGCCUGCCGCACCUGAGACUCCUCACCCUCAGCGGCAACCCCGUCACCGCCCACCGCCGCUACCGCCCCGCCGCCAUUCUCGCCGCCGCUGACACGAUGGAGACACUGGACGACAAGCAGGUAACGCCGCAGUGCCGGGAGUUCAUCGUACAGGCGGACAGGUACCGCGCCGCCCGCAGGGAGGCAAUCACUCACCCGCCCCCCUCCGCGGCCCCCCCGAACACCAGCGUGCACCCCGCCAGGCCUGAGCACCACCUCCUCUUCACCCCCGUCACCCCCGCCGAUCACCCCCACGGUAAGCUCCCCCGCAGAGUAAUGUAAGGAUAUUCAAAUAAGAAAAAUGAAAUUAAAUAAAAAAAAACAUUAUAAAUUACGAUAAUAAUGGACUUUUCUAGGUAAAUUUGAUGUUAGAGAGUACCAAAUUUGGAACCUUAUUCAGUUACACUCUCACGGUGUGGAAAAUCACGCACGUUGAAAGGUACGGUGUUACGCUUGUUAAGUUGCUAUUGACGUCCUUUUAGGUCUUGAAAUGUAAUGUCAUAGCAGCAGUUUAUUCCUGUAACUGAAUGACUCUGCAAAGUCUGGAUCCUUUGACUUCCUGAUCGAGUAAAAUAUUGAUUAUGGAAUAUUUUGUUCCUGCAGCUCUUGGGUCGCAGGGUUAUGUUUUCAUGACACUUUAAUCAUGUCACGCUAUCACUCAAAGCCUCUGCCUCUUGGUGUCCCCGGUGGUCAUGUAACCUUUUAUAUCGCAACACUCUUUUCUCCCCCACAGACUCCCCGCUACCGGACCUCGUUUCG